AUGAUGUUGGCUUGGAAACUAGGACCAGCAUUAGCUUGUGGUAAUGUGAUUUUAUUGAAACCAGCUGAACAAACACCACUUACUGCACUUUAUUGUGCUGCUCUCAUCAAAGAAGCUGGCUUUCCACCAGGUGUUGUCAACAUCAUACCAGGUGAUGGACCUGAAUGUGGUUAUGCAAUUGCUAUUCACGAACAUAUAGAUAAAGUAGCUUUUACUGGUUCAGUUGAAGUUGGAAAGAAAAUACAAGAAGCAGCAGCUAAAUCAAAUCUUAAACGUGUUACACUUGAACUUGGUGGAAAAUCUCCUUUGAUCAUUUGUGAAGAUGCUGAUCUUGAUUAUGCUGUCAAGCUUGCUCAUGAUGCUAUUUUUACUAAUGCUGCACAAAGUUGUGUGGCUGCAUCUCGUACAUUUGUUCAUACAAAAAUUUAUGAUGAGUUUAUCACUCGAAGUGUUGAAUUAGCCAAGAAACGUGUUGUUGGUGAUCCAUUUGAUUCUAAUAGUGAACAAGGACCACAAAUAAAUGAUAGUCAAUUUCAAAAGAUUUUGGGUUAUAUAGAAUCAGGUAAAAAAUCUGGAGCUAAAUUAGAAUGUGGUGGUGAACGAGUUGGUAAUAAAGGUUAUUUUAUCAAACCAACUAUUUUUAGUGGUGUAAAAGAUGAUAUGCAAAUUGCUCGUGAAGAGGUAUAA